UUAAAGGUCCUUCCUCUGACUGAGUGCCAAAAGCGUUGAGUGCAUAACAGAGCUGCAGAGACGGAAAUGGACGACAUGGACACAUCUUCCAGCAUGUACCCUGAUCAGCCCCGGAUGAAGAGAGACUUUGACCAAAAGGUGUUCGUCAACAGAAGUCUGACACUGGAGAACAUCAGAUGCUACGGCUUCGACAUGGAUUACACGCUGGCAUUGUACAAGUCUCCUGACUAUGAGAGUCUGGGCUUCGAGCUGAUAAGAGACAGGAUGGUUUCUAUUGGUUACCCUCACGAGCUCCUGCGCUACACGUAUGACCCCAGUUUCUCCACCCGCGGCUUAGUGGUCGACACCACGUACGGGAACCUCCUGAAGGUGGAUUCAAACGGAAAUAUUUUAGUCUGCAGUCACGGCUUCCGCUUCCUCAAAGGGCAAGACGUUAACAACUACUAUCCCAACAAGUUCAUCCAGAGAGGCGACACCGAGCGCUUUUACAUCCUCAACACUCUCUUCAAUCUUUCAGAGACGUAUCUGUACGCCUGCCUGGUGGAUUUCUUCACCAGAUGCUCCAGAUACACAAACCUCCUGGAAGGCUUCCAGCACGGCGACCUGCUCAUGUCCUUCAGAAGCAUGUUCCAGGACGUUAGAGACGCCAUGGACUUCAUUCACGAUACCGGAAUCCUGAAGGAACGAACCAUAAAGAAUUUGGAGAAAUACGUUGUGAGAGAUCCAAAGCUCCCAGUGCUCUUGACCCGGAUCAGAGAAGUGGCCAAAGUGUUCCUCGCUACCAACAGCAACUACAGCUACACUGAGAACAUCAUGAAGUAUCUGCUGGAAAGUAACCCAAAGCCUGGAACCCCAAAGCAGCCCUGGCAAAGCUUCUUCGACCUGAUCGUGGUGGACACCAGGAAGCCGCUGUUCUUCGCAGAGGGAACCGUCCUGAGACAAGUGGACCCGAACACAGGAAAGCUUCGGAUCGGGACGUACACCGGCGACCUCCAGCACGGAACAGUUUACUCUGGAGGAUCUUCAGACAUUGUCUGUGAUCUACUGGACGUCAAAGGUAAAGACAUCCUCUACGUCGGGGAUCACAUCUUUGGCGACAUCCUCAAAUCUAAGAAACGUCAAGGAUGGAAAACUUUCCUGGUCGUACCGGAGCUCAGCAAGGAGCUGCAGGUGUGGGAGGAAAAACAAAAUCUCUUCGAGGAGCUUAAACGUCUCGAUGUCUUCUUAGCUGAACUUUACACGAACCUGGACGGCAGCAGUCGGGAGGGUUCUGACAUCAGCUCCAUCCAGACCAGAAUCAAGGUGCUGACCUACAGGAUGGACAUGUCCUACGGCCAGAUGGGCAGCUUGCUGCGCAGCGGAGCCAGACAGACGCUGUUUGCCAGCCAGCUGAUGCGUUAUGCAGAUCUGUACUCGUCCACCUGCAUCAACCUGCUGCACUACCCCUUAAAUUACCUCUUCAUGGCUCCUCCGGUCCUGAUGCCUCAUGAGGCUACAGUAGACCUCGCAGUCACCAAAAAUGACAUCAAGACGAACAAAAACUGAGGUUGCACUUUUGAAUUUUCAGUCUAAAUCCUGCUUAAGUAAGACACUUUAAUGAUGGACGCUUUUAUUUCUUUUUAUUUACAUGAAGACGAAUCUUGUAAAUGUCAAAUCUCGCUGAUGGAGGCGGCUGUCCUGGCACAUAUGAAGGGCUUGUUGCAGCCCUGAUGUGCUUCCUUUAACGGAGGAGAACAAACUUAUUGCUCCACCUGCUGGAAACGACCCGCUAGGCCACCUAACGUUUACCUCAGAAACCUGGAAUUCAAGCAGGAGACACAAACUUAAACAUACACAUUUAAAGCAAUAACAGACUCAGGGUUACUGUAUAUAGGAGUGAAACUUUUGUUUUGACAUCUAGUUGUCCGGAUGCACUUUUUAAUCUCAAGUUUGUGGAAUGGUUUUAAAAGAAGUGAAGAGCUCGUUUGCAGGAACUGAUAACUCAAAACCCACUUUUCCAUCGUCUACCUGAGACGAUAUCAAUCAAUCGUGUCGUUUCUGCUGAAUCAAAUCCACUCAGCUUCACUUUGAUUGAUUUUAUCUCAAGCAAACAAUGAAA